AUGCCACAAUCUGUAUUUUGGUUGAUUGGAAUGUGGGACUUGAUCGGUCUCUUAACAUUAAUACUAAUUUUAUAUGUGACCGAAUUUUAUUUUCGAUAUUUUACUCGAUCGAAUCCGUUACCUGGGCCUCUUCCCCUUCCAAUUUUUGGAAACAGACUUCAAUAUCGUGGGCAUCCGGCAACAUGGGCACAAAAGCUUCGGGAAAGAUAUGGAGACAUGUGUGAGAUUUAUAUGGGCUCAGAAAGACACGUUUGGCUAUCGAGAAGCGAUUUAGUAUCUAAAAUUUUUAGUCCUUCAACCAAUAACAAUUUCUUGGUGCGCAUCACAGCCCGUGAAGGUCUUGAUGAGAUUGGUGUUACAGCUAGGGGCCUUACGUUUAAUCGUAAUGUAGAUUCUUGGAUGUAUAAUCGAAAAUUGUUUAAUCAAGCCAUCAGCGCACCAAAGUUUUUAAAGCAAUCUGCAGAAAAAACUCGAGAAUUAUUUGCUGAAAUGGAAGGCUACUGGCUCGAUCUUGGACAUGAUAUGACUCUGAAUUUUUCUGAAUGGAUGAACCAGUUUAUAAUGGAUAUUUCUUUUGUUAUGAUUACGAAUAAGCGAGCAUAUUCUUUUGCUAAUUAUUAUAAUAGAAUGUCCAAAGGAAAUAGUGUUAAAUAUCCUGAUAGUGUUUUGAUUGAAUCAGAAAAUUUCAUUAAAAAUAUCCAUUCAUGGCUAUCAGCCUUGCAAUUCUUUAUGGAUACCCCAAAGUUUUUGCGAAAUAAUAUAACAGGCGUGAUAAAACGAGCCAACUGGCUAAAGACUGAAGUUAAUAGGCUAAAUCAAAGUUUUCUUGAUAUUAUCAGGGAUCGUAGAGAGGAAAUAAGCAGAACUCCAAUGGAUGUGCCAUUAAAACCAGAUUUUUUGACAAUGUUAUUAACUCUAAACACUCCUCGAGAUAUUACUACAAAUAUUACAGAUGAUCGCCAUAAAAGUCCCAUGACCGACGAAGAUGUUUGUGGAAAUUUAAUAGAAGCAAUCGUGGCUGGUGUUGACACGACCGCAAAUACAUUUUGUUUUAUUGUAUAUCAUUUAGCUCAUUAUCCUGAAGUUAAAGAACGUGUGUUUAGAGAGAUAAAUUCAGUCUUUGAUACGGACCUUAAUCGACCUAUUAGUUAUGAAGAUUUAAGUAAAUUAAAUUACUGUGAAGCCGUCAUAAAAGAAGUAUCUCGUUUAAUGUCGAUCGUGCCAGUAAUUUGGAGAAUGGCACUUCGAGAUGAUGAAAUAUCACACCAUCAGUUCAAAGGCUCGACACAAUUCAUGGUCAAUACCCAAGCAAUUCAUAUGCAUGAAGCAGAUUGGAAAGAUCCGGGGUUAUUUAAUCCCUUGAGGUUCAUGAAUGAUACUAACAAUUCCGCUACGCGGGUCCAUAAAAAUUCGUUAUUAAUAUUUGGAAAUGGGUUGCGCAUGUGUCCGGGUAAACAAUUUGCGAUGACAGAGCUUAAAACUUUGAUGGCUUUAUUAUACAGAAAGUACGAUAUUGAACUCGCUGACAUGAAUGCACCAAUCAAAUAUCAUUACUCUACA